AUUCGAUCUCGAUUAAAACGUUCGACGAAUAAUCGAAGAGUUUCUUCUAAUAGUUUUGAAGAUAUCAUCAGUGCGAUGAACAAUUAACCCGAGAAAAAAAAAGAAAAAAAAAAAAAAGAAAAAAGAAAACGUUUAGGGACCGUCGAGUUUGCACCUGAAAUAGCAUCAACACUUACUCGCGUAUAAUACGAUCGUAAACUUGAAUGUUUCUUAUUUUACCGUAUUACGUACGAUUCCCGUUUUAUAAAGUGCGUGAGUCAGACAGAUCGAGAAACUGUUUCUGAUCGUACGGUGUAGUUCUACGCUCGAGGAAACAAUUACCAUUGAAAUUAAUCCGUCUAGACUUGAUCAUUAAUUCGACGUGACGUAUCGAUGAACCGUUAUCGUUGUUUUAGAUAUUAGACACGUAUAACAUACAUAACAUGUAUGUAGAUCAUAUGUAGAUAGAUGAUACAUUCAAAGAUCUUUUCAAGAAAUAAGAUUAUUUUAUUUUAUGCAUUUUAUUCUUUAUCGUUUCUCUUUUUCUUCUUUUUAUUUUGCUCUCUUUCACUCUUUCUUUCUGUCUGUCCAUAUCUAUUUCUCUCUCUUUCUCUUUCUUUCAUUCUUUCUAAGAUUGUCAUAUUAGUCCAAUGAUAUCAUUGGUAGAAGAACUAUUGUAUCGUCGUGCUCGAUGCGAUUUCGAUGGUAUCAUAUGAAUGCACGUGCGUGUCGUGCAAGCACGAGUUAAUCCUCAUAAGUUUAUACACACACACACAUGCUCACGUAUGUUUAUAUAUAUAUAUGUAUAUAUGUAUAUAUUAUGUAGAUACAUAUUGGAAUCUACAAGACAGUAUUAUUAGCACGUUCGUAGUAAAGUUAUUAGAAUCUUUGACCUGAACUUUUCCUUUUGCUUUUGCAAAUAUUGAAAUAGAUACAUUUAUUAUCUUAAUGCUUGUUACGACCUCAAACGAAUUAUCAUAACUUCAGAUAAAAGGUGUUCUCAAUUAUCGAGUACGACUAGUUUCUUAAAAGUAAAACUUAAAGCUAAAAUUUUAUUUUAUUUUAUUUUAUUUUAUUCUUCUUUUUUUUUCUUUUUCUUUUUCAUUUUCUUUCCUUUCAUAUCCGUUCAACUUUUUAAGUUAAAAAGAAAAAAAAAAAGGAAAAAAAAUUGUUGGAAGUCUGUUUGCUUUAUUACCUUCUUUAAAGAGGAGUAUGAUUCAUCUACAUCUAUGGAAAAUUGAGAAGUUCCAUUUAACUAUAGUUUUUUUCCAUGAUUAUCACUUCCUCUCUUUCUCUCUCUCUCUCUCUCUUUUUAUCGUUAAUUUCCUUUUUUAUAUUUCCUCUCUCUCUCUCUCUCUCUCUCUCUCUCUCUCUCUUCAUCUCACAUAAAUCUGUUAGAUUUCUAAUACAUAUACGUGUCUCAUCUUUUCACCGCGAAAUCCUCUAUAAAAAAAUAAAACAAGAUAAUCGAUUAAUCGGCAAGUUUUAUUCCAUUGUUGAGUCACGUGCUUUCCUGCACGCCGGAUGCUGGCGGUCGCAUUCAAAACGACAAAAGUGCACGGACCUACUCGAUGCCAGUUCAUUUCACGUUCGUUCAUCGUCGGAUGUGAAACGCGAAAUGUUUUAAUUGAUACGACGUUCUUAUACGUUAACGAUACUUCGUUCGUUUUGUUCCGCGUGAAGAGAAAAGAAAAAGAAAUUUUGUAAAGAAAUUAUCUAUGGGAUCUCACGUGUCUAUUCGGGAUAUGCGUUUGCUUGUUGGAUUUAUUGGAUUUUUCAAAAUGACCGUCGAUGAUACGAGAUGCAUCGGAUAUACGGAGACUGAGAAAACGUGGGAAAACAUUCGAGAGGCUCUUCUACGAAAUAGGAUCUCUCUCAAGGUCACUGCGAUACGUUUGUCCUCGAAAAAUAUGUCCGAAGUUCUUCCACUCGUCGUAUCGGACGAGAAUACAUCUGACAUCGAUCCUCGUAACAUGGUUAAUCUCGAGGUAGGGUUGCCUGGAGACACCUGGUGGUAUCGUGUAGAGAGGGAACGAUUGGCCAAAAAAUGUGAAUGGUUUCGUGCAAUGCUUAUGGGACCCAUGGCACCAGAACGAACCGAUCCUCCUCCGCUUGUAACUAUAAAACAUUUCGAAAAACGAGCGUUCGAUCAUUUUCUCAGAUAUCUCAACGACGAGCCCAUUAUCUUUCAAUCAGUAUCAACUGCAAGAGCAACACUCGAUGUAGCACAUCAAUAUCUCUGUUCGGAUCUCGCACGUUUUGCAAUAAAUUAUCUCGAAGAGAAUUUAGAUUCCUCGACCGUACUCGAAAUCUAUGAAAAUCUUAAUCUUUAUGCAAACAGUUUAUCUCCUUCUACAUCUCAAGAUAACGAUAUGGAGGAAUCAUCUAAUAGACCUUCAGCACCGCCUGCAUCUGAAGAUGAGGCUAGUGAAAUAGCUGCAGCCUGUACCGAACUUCUCCUUCGAUGUUUGAGUGUCAUCGAUGCAGAUCCUUCAACUGUACUUCUUCAAGAACGUUUCGAAGAAUUGAAUGCCAAGGAAAUUAAGGAAAUCGCGUGUCGUGAUACAUUGAGAUUACCUAACGAAGCUAUUCUUUUUGCUGCACUCGAUAGAUGGGCUGCAUCGAAUUGUAGAAAACAUGGUAUCGAACCAACAUCAUCGAACAAAAGAGCUUCCUUAUCGGAUGAAGUUUGGUAUUCUGUAAGAUAUUUACUUAUGACGGAUAGGGAAUUCAUCGAUGGUCCAAUGGCCCAUGGUAUUUUAACUAGCAAAGAGUCUGCUUUUAUAUUUGCCAAAAUUCUUGGACAUCCUGGUAAAGAAGAGGCAAAUAUUUCGACGAGCAAUCCUCUUUCAAGGCUAACCAAUACACCUAGAAUCGGGACGGUAACGUAUCAUAAUCAAAGUUGUAGUAUGUUAAAAUCAGGUAAGAAGGAACGUCAAGAUAAUAGAAAGAAUCGACGGAAAGAAUGCGCCGGUCAAGCAUGUUCCAGAAUUUGUACCUGUUUCGUACGCGUCUUAGCGUGCGUAUUCGAGUAAAUGCAAAGAUCGAAAGAAAACUUACAUUUUUAUUACUGAAUCUCUUAUCGAGAGAAAUGUGAAAAAAGUUUUCGAUUGAACUUUUUUCUUUAUUUUAGACUCGAUAUUAAAAAUAUAAUAAUAAGUUAUAUAAGUAGAAUGUAUGAGAUCGAUAUAACAAUCGAAGACAACGAAAAACGAGGUACUUAGAUCUCAUUUAAUGAAUCUUUUUUUAUUUUCGAUAUUCCUUAUACAGUGCCAUCGAACGUUAUAAAAAAGAAAAAAGAAAGAAAGAAAAAAAAAACAAAAAGAAAAAUGAAAGAAAGUAGAACUUGUGUGUUUAUGUGACAAUAUUUAUAUGACAGAAAUCGUAUUAUUUAAUAAUUAUGUUUCAUUGUUUAUUCGAAUGUUAGUCAGACAGUUAAAAAUAGACAGUACAUAGAUGCAUAUAUAUAUAUAUAUAUAUAUAUAUAUAUAUAUAUAUAUAUACACAUAAAUUCACCGUAUACAAUCUUAUUGUCAAUUGCCGAAAAGUUAAUAUACAUACACACAUAUAUAUACACAUAUAUUUAGAAUACAAUCUCUAGAAUAUUGAAAGAAUGAAUAUUUUUAUAUAUCAUAGAUCAAUCAACUUUUAUUAUUUUUUGCUAACACACAUAAAAUUAACAAUCUCGAAAUGUUCCUUUGUUUUAUCGUCUUAUUUAUAUCUCAUAAUCGCAAAAUAAGAAAGAGACAAAAAUAACAUAAAAUUGACAAAUAAAUGAAUAAUUAUUCCUAUAUAUCGUGCUAUAAUAUUAUAGUAAGCUAGUCUGACUUUGAUUGUGUUCAUUAUUUACUUUGUAACUUAAAUUAGCGAAUUUUCUAUAAAGUCCAAUUAUAACACAAACAAUUAUAAUUCAUUAAAGAAAUAUGCGUACGUUGUUACUUGCAAAUAUAAUAAGCAUAAGCAUACACAUACAUAAAUAUAUAUAUAUAUAUAUAUAUAUAUAUAUAUAUAUAUCGUCUCGUACAUUCAUUUGAUUUCAAAGGAAUGUAAGUUUGGACGAGUUAAUAAUGCUUCUAAGUGCAAUUAUUUAAUAUGCUAUAACUAUGUAUACAGGAUAUUUCAAAAAUAGUUGGCCAAACUUUAAUAUUGUAUCGUGUUAAUCUAAUGACUUUUUUUUAUUCUUAAGGAGAGUAGGAUACGAUAUCAAAGUUUUUGAUCAUCUAUUUUUAAACAAUCCUGCAUAUAUAUAUAUAUGUAUGUGUAUGUGUGUAUAUAUAUAUAUAUAUAUAUAUAUAUAUAUAUAUUUGUUUCUACAUUUAUACAGCUUUUCUACAGCGAAUCGAAGACUUUAUUAUUUACGAAGUUUUAUACUCUUCUCAAAUAAUCCAUUAAUAUUGACAAACCUUUUUAUGUUUAUUGAUUUUAAUUAGAUACGAGUGAAAAGUUAUAUCUCUUUCGAUAGUAUUACUAAAAAAUAAAUAAAAAAAAAAGAAAUUAAAAAGGAAUAUAAAGAAAAAGAAAGAAAAAAGAAACAACGUAAUAAUACAUAAUUGAAAUUUUGAUAGACCACAUAAAUUUUUAAACAUCUAUCUUCGUAUUGACAUUCGUUUAUAAUCGUUUAAAAUCUUAUCGUUGCUAUUGUAAUUCAUAAUUGAUUAUCUUCAAGUUAAUAUUUGCAUCGUUAAAAAUUUUAUGUAUUAUUAGACACGUUAUAUAUUACAUUUCUAUUAUGACUGACCGUUGUGUGAAUAUUAAUUAUUAUUCUUUAUAUGUGUAUACAUCGUUUAGUUAUAAUACAUAUACAUAUAUUUAUUAAUUUUUUAAAGAACUUAAAAGUUAUGUUAUAUGAAGGAAGGAAUGUUGAAUAUGAUUGAUAUGAUACUCACUUUUGAAAAAAUUAUAUCUUGUAAUAUUCAAUAGUGUGAUGACGUAUAAUCACGUAGUUUUAUAGUGUAGACUAAUGCCAAACAAAGAGACUUUCAAAGAAUACAUAAAGUAAAUUAAUAAACUAAAUAUCACAUUUUAA